GCUCUCGCGGGAUGUUGGUACCACGUGAGGGCUACCGUGUGUCACGUGACAUUGUAGCCAGACUCUCUCGAGGGAUGCUAAGAUGGCGAGAAAUGAGGAGAAGCAACAAGGGAGACUGAACAGACUGUGGCUUCAGAAGGAGAGAGAGGAGGGACGCCUCAGAGAUGUACAUGAGCGGAGACCUAAGCUGUCCACUCUUCAUUCAACUUCCUCUGUGAAGAAGUGGAUCCCCAGCAUCAAGAAUGACAUAGAGUAUUAUCUGCAGCAGUCCCAGCUUUCGCAUUACCCAGAGAGGAAGAUAGCCGAGUUCCAGCUGCACAUCGAGGCUUUGGAAAAAGAGUACAAAAGCUUCAUCGCCAAACUACGCGUACUUGACGCUUCCUGUGAACAUAAGCCGUGGACUCCUCGAGCAUACUGCAAAAGGAGAGCAGAGACGCAAGUCUCGCCGAGCAUCGUUAAAAUCCCCAGGCGCGGUGAGUCACAUGAGGACAGUAGUCAGUGGAGUGGACUUGAGAGUGACUUGGCCAGCAGUUGGACAGGAAGUCACAAAACCUCAGCCACUGGGAGGCAGCGACCUCUCCGCUAUUCGGAGACCAGAUUUCAGACCCCUCUUCCCACCAACCUGAUGUCAGAAACCUCAGAGGCAGUCUGUGCAGACCAGGACCAGCCCCUCUCCUUUGACCGGACACGGCUGGCAGUGGCCGCUGCUGCGUUCAGAGGGCUUUCAGUUCAGCUCGGAUCCUCUCAAACGCAGAGCAUCGCCAGGGUGCUGCAGUCUGGCCUGCCAAAUCUCAAUAAUUCUCCAUCAGGACAAAUAUUUUCAUCGCAGAGCAAAGAGAGAGAGAAACAUGAAGGGACAACAAUGGGUUUGGUUGCUGGACAGAAAGAUGCUGUCCAAGAAUGUGAAGACGGUGAAGCAGCAGAGAGGAUACCUGAAAAAUCAUCGAACACUAGCAAAACAGAGGAGAGGACUGGUCAUAUCCUGCGUCUAGACUGUUAUUCUUCCUCUGAUGAGGACUGUGACACUUGAUAUUUGUAGAUCAUGAAAUAUAAUGGUCCACAUUUUUCUAUAUUUUUCAUUACAAUCAAUUAUUUAAUGAAACUUUAUGUCCUGUGUUCAUUCAAAAGCUUCAUAUCAAUAUGAUAAUUGUACCAGCAUUUUUGAAAAUUAAAGGGUUAAAAAUAA